AUGAAUCCUAUAACGUCCACUGUUGCCGCUUCAUGCAAUCGACUUGUUGUAAGUCCUCGCCCUUCUCCGCGGAACAGCCCACGAAAUUCACCAGUAGCUGGUCGGAAGAGCCCGUUCCUCGAUUUACCAGAGGAGAGAAAGCGUAGGGACUCCAAGGAGAUUUUGCAAUACAAGAAAAUGCUUGCUGACUCGACAAGCCAAGCUUACAGGGCGAAAAGAAUUGAAAACAGGAAUUCAGGUGUUAACGCGGGGAUAGGAAACGCUCAUACGACAAAUCAGAGGCCACCGAGACGGCUAUUAGAGGAAGCUGUACAAGCGAGGACAGCUGCAGAAAAACACAGGAAGAAAAAACCCGCAAAUGUAAAAACUUCUUCCUCAGCGAACAAUAACACCAAAAAGGGGAAGAACUGCUCCAUAAUGUGA